AUGACGCAAGUCUCAGCUACGCCCGUCGUCCACAUUGACAAGUCUCUCGCAGUCAAGCAGUCUUCGCACGUCUCUAGCCUUACUACUGGAUACCCAUGCUUUCUUGUCUAUGACUCUCGUUUUAUCGAUGAUGUUCUCGGCUCCGAGCCUGAUCCCCCACAGCUCGAGUUGAUUGAAAAGCGCCACUAUCAGUUUGCACACGAAGCCGGCGUCUACAUCAAAACAACAAACUCUGUCUACUUCACCGCCAACUUCCAAAGCUGUGACCCAAUCGAGCUAUAUGCAGUCGAUUGCGAUACCCGCCAGGUAUCCAAACUGGACUACCCUGCGGUGGUCCAAGCAAAUGGCGCAUGUAACUAUCAUGACAAAGUGCUGUACUGCGCACAGGGUGACCUCGACACUCCAUCGGCGUUGGUUCUUGUCGAUCCUGUUACGGCUGAGUCGGAGAUACUUAUCAAUAAUUUCCACGGACGCCAGUUCAACUCAGUGAAUGAUGUAGUCGUGCAUCACUCCACUGGAGAGAUCUGGUUCACUGAUCCCACAUACGGAUAUGCACAGGCCUUUCGACCACCGCCAGAUUUACCCGCCCAGGUGUACAGGCUGCAUCCUUCGUCGGGGGACUGCUCUGUAGCAGCCGACGGGUUUGAAAUGUGUAACGGGCUGUGCUUUAGCCCCGACUACUCCAGGUUAUAUGUCACAGACACUGGUGCUAUCCAGGCUCACAAUGGGCCAGGUGAUGGGCACCAACUCUUCGCAGAUCCAAGAAAACCGGCAACGAUCUAUGUCUACGAUGUGGUUGAUGGAGGAAAGCGCUUGGCCAACCGACGGACUUUUGCGUAUUGUGAUACAGGCGUGCCCGACGGGAUCAAGUGUGACACCAGGGGGUAUGUUUACUCGGGCUGCGGGAAUGGUGUCCAUGUCUGGGACUCGCAAGGCACAUUGCUGGGAAAGAUUGUUGUUGGAGGAACUACAGCCAAUUUCAAUUUUGUUAGGGGCGGUAUGUGGAUGUUUAGUGAGAAGGAAUUGUGGUUCUGUAAGCUGAAAGCCAAAGGGGCUCUGGUUGAAAUUGAGUCUUGA